CGUAUAAUGAUUUUUCUCAAAGGCGCCAUUUCGGUAUGCGUCCGACUUCAAGAAAGAAUUUAUAAUAAAAAAAAAAGUAAAUUUUAUUGUUGUUAAUUAAAUUUACUUGAAUAAAGUAAAUUUCAAGUAUACGCUGAUUCUCGAUUUGGAUACAAUAUUGAAAAAUGCCACGAAAACGAAAAUUAUUGAAUUUACGUGAAAGAUGUAGACUUUGUUUGACUGAUAAUGGUGAAAUGCGAGAUUUGUUUACCGAACCAUACUGCUUGAAAUUGAAGGAUCUAUCUGAUUGCACAUCAAUAGAGAUCAAAUGUGAGCAGAAUUUACCGAAAAAUAUUUGUCACGCUUGCAUAUACAAAUUGGAAAGUUGGAAUGAAUUCAAAGAACGAUUUAUGCGUUCCAAUCGUUUACUGUUGACGCGAUUAGAGGGCACUGAUACUAAUGAACAUUCUGCUAUUCUACCAAAGAGAAAAUACAAUGAACAAGUAAGCAGUGAUGAGAGUAAAGCAAUCGAAAAUAAGAAAAAGAGUAAAGUUAACAACUCACCACUACAAAGUAUGGAUUCAUUUUUCGAUGACAACCAUUCAAAGGAUAUUGACAUAAAACCAAUAUCACUGUCAUCACCGAAGAAAUUAUCUAAUUUUAGUCCCCCAAGAAAUGAUGAAAAAGAAAUAGAAAAUAGUUUCAGUUCAUCGUCGAAACCACCAUUUUCACCAGAAUAUCGACAGUUUGCACGUCGGGGUAGAACAACCGAGAGGCGAAAAGCAUCCACACGUCGUUGGGACGCACGAAAGAAAGCUUUAAUCGCCGCCACUGGUAAUAAUACAGAGACAGAUUCCGCAGCAUCUGACAAUCAAUUGUCUCCCGUUCAAAAAGCACGAGCAAAAUCCAACGCCGAUAAAGAGGACGAAAAACAGAAGAAAAUAGCAAGAGCUCUUAAGAAUUUAGAAACAAAUAUGAAUGACUGCAGGAAAGGAUCAGAUUCUGAAGCUAAAAGAGUUCUCCGUUCGCGAAAAUCAAACAUGGAUGAGGCGAAAGGUAAAAAUCGAAAAACAAUUGAAAGAGUUAAAGAUGUGGAUGAUGGGAAAAUUAAAGAGACAGAUGAAAGGGGAACUGAGACGGAGAAGGAAAAUAUUUCCAUACCACCAAGAACAGUGAAAUCGGAACUUCGAAUUGGAGGAUCUACUUAUAUUGUCACGUCAACUCUCGCUGUGUCAGAACCUGGUCAUUUUGAUAAAAUUGUUCACGACACGAGUGAUCAGGAGAAACACGAAAACACCGACAUCAUUGAUGCAGUUCAACUCAAGAGAAUCAGUCCUCUCUCCAGUGUAAACAAUGAUAAACAAUCGAUAGAAAAAUGUUUACACAUUGAAAUUGAAGGUACUGAAUUCGAAGCUCUUCAACGAGUACAAGUCGAUUUGGCAAGUUUCAUUGAGAGAGAUAUGAAAAAUAAAAUCUUUUCCGAGUCAAAUAUUGUUGAGGAUCUCAAAGAUAAAUAUAAAGGUUCAUAUGAUAAUCUCGAUCAGCAAUUAAAAACAAUUGUCGUGAAGGCAAUAAAGAAAAAUUAUGAGACAUCAAUGCAAAAGAAUGAAAUGGAUUCAUUUCAUUCUAGGGAUGAUAUUGAAAAUAAUAAAUCGGUGUCUAUUGAAUUUAUUAAAGCUGCCAUGCAUUCCUCUAUAUUCCAACCGAAACUAAGGCUCGAUCAACUUGACAUAACGAAGGUCUCGUGUAAAAUUAAUAAUCUAAAGGUUAUUCAGAAGAAAGAGAAGUUGUACAAGAAUUUCAAUGAGAGUGUAACUUGUUUAGAGUCAAUGGGAGAUAAUUAUAGUGGCGAUGAUAAAGGAAUGGAAAUUGAAAUUGUGAAGAAGGAGAAACCGAAGAAAAUUGUUAAACAAAAAGUUGAAAGUGUUGAGUGUGAUACAACAACACAUCAGGAAUUACAAGAUCUAAGUACAUUGGAGAGCUAUAAUAAUAAGGAAUUGACGAGUUCGAAGGGGCAGAGUAUUUUGAAGAGUUUCCAGAAACACGGAUUGAACCACAAAUGCAGUAUUUGCAAUCGAAUAUUUAUCAGUAAAAAAGAUGCCGAUGAACAUAUGAAAUUCCAUCAAGAUCCAACGCAAAAGAAUCGGGAGAAACUAAUGAGGUGUAGAAGAUGCCAUGAAAUUGUUCCCGCACGUUUUGUUAAGACACACACAUGCUCACAGCAAUAUAAAUGCAACAUUUGUAGAGCUUCCUUUGUUCUAGAAAAAUCGUAUCUUAAUCAUUUAAAGAGUCACAAUGUAACGCAAGUAUAUUCAAAUUCUCGAAUUCACAAGUGUUCUGUUUGCGAUAAAAACUUCAGUUCAGAAACACAACUCAUCAAUCAUAUAUCUGAACAUGGUAAUUUAAAAUCUACCUAUGAGUGCAAUGUAAAAAGUAAAGAGUCGAAAUUGGAUGGAAAAUUGGAUAGUACAAAAAUUAAUGCUAUGAAAAAGCAAGAGGGUUACACUUGUUUUGUAUGCGAUAAAAGAUUCAGUGACGAAGAAAUUAUGAAAGAUCAUCUUCAACAGCAUUGCGAUGAUAUAAGCGAAGAGGAGCAGAGUUCAAAGGAGCAUUAUCAGUGUGCAAUUUGCAGUGAAUCACUUGAAUCUGAAGAUGCACUAAGUACACACGUUGAAAAUCAUUUAUUCGAUGACGCUGACGAUAAUCCAAAUCUCAUAAAUAUUGCCGACACUGGCAAAUCAAAGGAUUCACAAUAUUUCUGCGAUCAAUGUCCCGAGCAAUUUUCAUCAAGAUCAAUACUCGCAAUGCAUCAGGAAAUUCACGACGACGAAACAGACACAAUAUGGGAGAAGGAGAGAAAUUUCAUGAGCAAUUAUUGCUGUACAAUUUGCGACGAAAUGUUUCCCACAGAAAAUGAAUUGGCCGAUCAUUUGGACAUACACAAUGAAAAUUCACUUAUUUGUCUUUUGUGUGAAAAAACAUUCGCCACACUUACAGAAUUACAAAAUCAUGUCGAGACUCACUGAUACAAGACAAAAAUAUUAUUUUAAAGUUAUUUUCAAUUAAUUUUUUCUUUUUUUACUUUUCUUUCAAAAAAUAAAUAGAAAUUAUUUCUAAACUGUGGAACAGAAGAAAAAAACAAUUUUGUUCGUAUUUUUUUUUUUUUGAAAAUUAACUAUAAUAAUCUCUUUAAAUUAAUAGUCAUUCCCGUGUUAAAAAUUUUUUUUUAAAUAUUGCAAUUUUUGUAUAUUGCACAAUUUUUGUAAUUAAGGACAGUUCUCUGUAAUAGAAGAAUAUGUAUUUAUAUAUCUAUAUAUAAGUGGUUUUCGUUAUAUAUGACAAAAGAAGAUUUUUUUCAUUAAAUUAAAAAUUUUCUUUAUCAUAAAUUAGUUUAUUGUUUAAUACCCGAAGUGAAUUCUUCUUUAUUAGCAGAAAAAACUAAUAUUUAAUAAUAUUAAAAUAUAAAUGUAAGAAACUAUAAAUACAUUUAAAAAAAAACUUUAAUUUUACAAAUUCCUCUUAAUUAAUUCUAUACUUAAAAAUAUAUUUUUAUAAAAGUAUUUAAAGUGUAACAUUAUUUAAGCUAAUUUUUAAAUAAUUUAGAAUAAGUUUUACUAAAAUUCUAUACGAUAUUUUUAGUUCGCGAAGACAACGAAAAAUAUCUUUUAAAUUCCGUAAACAAAGCAUAAUUUUUUUUUAUCAUGCGAAAAAGAAUCAAUAGAACUUGACACAAUUUAUAAAUGGCGUGACAUUAUUGCGUUGUAAAUAAUUAAUCAAUUUAUUAGUCAAGUUCAUUUAUGAGUUAAAUGCUGGUUACGGUUGUUUCAGUAGGAAAAACAAAGAGUCAUGUAGAUAGUUUGAAAUAAUUAUUUUUCUCAAAUAAUCUUUGUAAAUAGAAAGUUGUGCGUAGCAUUGAAAAUUUUAAUAAAAAUAAUAAAGUGAAAAGAAAAAAAAAUUA